UCAUUAGUAAACGGGGUGUUGAUAUUCGUCAACGUAUUGAAAAACAAGUGACAACAAUGUUACUAUUACAAAUAUGUGUUGAAUGUUUAACCACUAUACCACUUACAGUACAAAUAAUCUACUCAAACAUUACGAUGGAUAUAGAAACGGAGGUAUUACGUUUAACAAAAGAAAAUAUAUGUGCAACAAUUACUCGUGUUUUGAACUAUAUUAAUUAUGCUUCUAGAUUCUAUAUUUAUAUCAUUUACAGUAUCGUCCACAAAAUACCAGUAUCACGUGGACAACCUACACCUCUUCCCUGUGCAAGUAAAUCAACAGAUCAUGUACCAUCUAUCUUAAUUGAAAAUCUUAUUCAGUCGUCAAAAACACAACUUGAACAAUCCAAAACUCUGAUAGAUAACCAUCACGACAAAAUUAAAACUCAUGUGCAUGUUCCGUCAGAUUGA